AUGCAAUCUCUUGAUAAAAUUAUUAUUAGUACCUUUAUAAUAUUUUUUAUUUUUGCUUUUACAUUUGAUUAUAUUAAUUCUGUUGCUCCAGCAAAUGAACGAAUUACCAAUGAAAAAACAUCCAAAUGGAUUUGGCCACCACAAUUUAUUUUGAAACUAUAUUAUUGGUGGUGUGAAAAUGUUGAUCCAAUGUUACUUACUAAUGAUUAUUUAGUAAAAUAUCUAUGUUUUCUUUCACCAUUUCUAUUUGCACCAUUUUAUUUAAUUGGAAUCUAUGCGAUUUCUAAUAAAAAACAAUGGAUUCGUAUUCCAAUAAUUAUAUAUUCAUUAAUAUUUUUUUUUGAUUUAAAUUAUUUUUUUUAUCAAGCUAUAUUUGGUGAAGAAAAAACACGAAAUUUAUUAUUAUUUACAUUAGUAUAUGGUUAUUAUCAAAUAUUUCCAAUCAUUUUAAUUUAUCGAUUUUUACCAAAGAAUGUUCUCAAAAAUGCAUCUCAUCGAAUUAAGAGCAAUUAG